AUGAAAUCAAUGUUUUUUAUCAGCGAACUACGUCUCAAAUUCAAUUACCUAAAGCUUGAUUAUCAUUGGUCUACUUUGAUGGAUUCACUUACAUCUGACCUUGACAGUCUGUUCAUCACAGAUUUACCUACUACUACUACUACUACUACUACUACUACUACUACUACUACUACUACUACUACUACUACUACUACUACUACUACUACUACUACUACUACUACUACUACUACUACUACUACUACUACUACUACUACUACUACUACUACUACUACUACUACUACUACUACUACUACUACUACUACUACUACUACUACUACUACUACUACUACUGUGAAUGAUUUUUAUUAUUUACCUCAUGAAGUACUCCCUUUGUAA